AUGGCCCCGGACUAUGACCAUCUCUUCAAGCUGUUGAUCAACGGGGAUAGCGGUGUUGGGAAAAGCAGUUUACUUCUAAGGUUCACUGACAAAACUUUUUCAGGCAGCUAUAUAAUGUCCAUUGGGGUUGACUUUAAAAUUCGAACUGUUGAGAUCAAUGGAGAGAAAGUGAAACUUCAGCUAUGGGACACUGCAGGCCAGGAACGAUUUAGGACCAUAAUAUCCACGUAUUACAGAGGCACUCAUGGCGUUAUUGUUGUCUAUGAUGUAACCAGUGCAGAAUCUUUCGUCAAUGUAAAACGAUGGUUACAUGAAAUCAAUCAGACCUGUGAUGAUGUAUGUCGGAUACUGGUUGGAAAUAAAAAUGAUGAUCCUGAUCAGAAAGUGGUGGAGACUGAAGAUGCCUAUAAGUUUGCUGGACAGAUGGACACACAGCUGUUUGAGACUAGCGCCAAAGAGAACAUAAAUGUUAAAGAGAUGUUUAACUCUAUAAAUGAAUUGGUCCUCAGAGAAAAGAAGGAGAAUUUGGUGAAACAGCAGCAACAGAAUGAUGUGGUGAAACUAAAUAAAAACAGUAAACAGAAAAAGAAGUGCUGCUUGGUUCAGGCACAGCACAGCGGCUGCUCUCAAUCUGAACAUCCACUCCUAGGACAAAGAGUAGUAGUGUCAUGGGCAGUGCCCAGCUUUCAGGGGCUGGGGCAUUUUCUCAGUUUUGUGCUGUUUAUUUAG